AUGUCUUUACCGAUCACGCUUGACCUUGGUCUCGUGCCAUAUCUGUCGACUGCACUCCUCGCUCUGGUCGUAUGGUUUUCACUUGAAAGACCCAAAACCGCCAACUUCCCUUUAAUAAACAAGAAGAGGGAACCAUUCGACACUGCUGGCAUCGACUUGGUGCGAAACUGGUUGGCCAAGAAUGGGGAUCAGCCAGUCAACGUGACGGCCGAUACCGGGCCUUUCACCAUUCUCCCGCCAAAGUAUGGCCAGGAGCUCCGCGAUAAGCCUGAGCUGAACUUCGCCACCCUCAACUACAUUAAAUUCCAUGGGGGCAUACCUGGUUUCGAUGCCUUUCUGCAAGGGACCAAGCCAAUCAGUGCCAAAGUCGUCAGCACUUACAUGACGCGUAGCCUGGCAACCAUUACGCAACCAGUAGCCGAGGAAGUCAUCGUCGCUUUAGAAGAUCUAUACCCGGAUAGCAAAGACUGGCAGGAGAUCGCGCCCGGAGAGCUCAACAUGCUGCUCACUACGCGCGCCACCGCCCGCAUCUUUCUUGGCGAAGGGGCCUGCCGGGACAUGAACUGGGUGAAAACCAGCUGCGAAUACACAGGAGCCAUCUUCUUUGCCGCCGAUAAGCUUCGUGCGUGGCCCGCAAUUCUCCGACCGAUCGUGCACUGGUUCCUUCCGUCCUGUAUAUACACACGCUCCGUGCUGAAAAGGGCCAAGAACAUCAUAGAGCCUGUACUCGACAAGCGGCGUCAAUCCAUACAGCAGCUUGUUGCCCAGGGCAAGCCGACAGCAGAUUUCAACGCCGCCCCGGAAUGGUUCGAGCAAGCUUCUAAUGGCGGUGAGCUUGAGUUUGAUCCGGUUGCAGCACAGCUGUUUUUGGCUGUUGGAGCAAACCAUUCCACGGCAGAUCUCCUGACACAGACCAUGCUGCAGCUUGCGCUCCACCCCGAAUAUAUCGAGCCUCUUUGCGAGGAGAUCAGGGCGACUAUCCCCCGCUACGGAUGGACGCACAACGCACUAUUGAAGUUGGAACUGAUGGAUAGCGUUCUGAAGGAAAGUCACCGACUGAAACCUACAGAUCUUUACAUGACGUUGUCGGACGGGACCUUCUUUCCCAAGUCUAGUAUGCUGUCGGUUUCCGCCUUGAGGAUGUGGGAUUCUGCGGUUUUCGAUAACGCCGAAAAGUUCGACGGCUACCGGUGGUUGCGCAUUCGCCAGAAUGACCCAACGAAACAGAACUAUGCGCAGUUGGUGGGGGUGAGCGUGGAUCAUAUGGGUUUCGGCUACGGCCAGCAUGCUUGCCCCGGGAGGUUCUUCGCGUCCAACGUGAUCAAGGCCAUGCUGUCGCAUUUACUGCUCAAGUAUGAAUGGAAAUUAGCUGAUCCAUCACGCCCGAUCAAACACCAAGAAUGGGGCGGUACACUUCGGGUGGACCCACAACUUCGUCUGUUGGUGCGUAAAAGGGCUAAACCUGUAAACAUCUAA